CGGAUGAGGAGGAGCUAUGCUCUGCUGUCGGAAGUAGUUACUGUAUCACCAGUCCCUGGAAAACAACCUUGUGGCCGUACAAAUGUGUCUUCAGAUAUAGUUUGUACUGUAGUUUGCUUUUUCGCCAAAAUGAGUAGGAUCAAAUUAGUCUUAAUGUCUUCUACCAGAGCUCUGAUGAUUUUAAGAAACAAUACCCAUCACUUAUGCGCCAAAGGGACGGUUUGUGGACGACGCUUCGGUUUUUCCACGCUUCUUAAUUUAAGGAAUUGUGAGGGAAGGAACGUCCGACCGUACUCACAGUCCAGCCCCACAGCGGCUGAGACAGAGAAGGGAAACGACACCUUACUCAAAUGGUUCCUUCUGCUGAUUCCAGCCACCACCUUUGGCCUGGGAACAUGGCAGGUUCAGCGGAGGAAAUGGAAACUAAAACUGAUCGAGGACCUGCAGAGCCGGACUGCUGCAGAGCCGAUUGACCUCCCUCUGGACCCCCUGGAGCUGAAGGCCCUGGAGUACCAGCGGGUGAAGGCGCGCGGCCGCUUCGACCACUCGCGGGAGCUGUACGUGCUGCCGCGCUCCCCCGUGGACCCCGAGCGCGAGGCCCAGGAGGCCGGCAGGAUCAUGUCGAGUGGAGGGAGCGGAGCCAACGUCAUCACACCCUUCCACUGCUCCGACCUGGGGUAUAUAGCGCCGAUUCGCCUGCUGAAAACAUCCUUCUAAUGAAUGAGCAUGGAG